AGUCGGUUAGCGCUAUUGCCUGUUUCUCCUCUACAUAUAACGCUCCCCUUCCUUCCUCCUCACCUUUCACUGUCAUAAACCAAAUCGAAAUAUGAGCUCCUGGAAACCGUUGACCAGUUUCCUCCACGGGAAAAUGGUGAAGGCCUUUUUGCCAUGCGACAAGCACGCCAACCUCCCACCCGUCUACACCAACAUCUAUCCAGGUGACGACAUCUACGUCUUUGAAACCCAAGGCGACAAGUGGGGCCGUGCCUACGUUGCCACGUUCCCGUUCCCGCACGAGUUCUCCGUCACCACCAUCGAUUUGGACCGCUUGCCGGAACCAAAGAUCAUUGUCGCCAUCAUCCCGUUGUCCCACAUGAGACUCAUUGAGGAGAUCCCGGUUACUGACAACGACAAGAUCUUCUUGUCAACCAACUCGCACGCCUUGACGCCAACUAUCUUGGACAUCGAGCUCGGCAAUGACGCCGCCGUGAACGGCCAGGAGAACGUCCACAACAAGAAAAAGGGACGUCCUCCGUUGCCGAUUCUCCGCGUGGAUCACUCAGACCUUCCAACCGAAAUCUCCGCCGCCAUUGUGUCGUUGAACAACCACAUCUAUGCGUUGUACGCCAUGGGUGAGUUCAACUUGUUCCAUAAAUUGACCCACUUGUACAACGAGCUUGAUGAGUUGCGCAUCAAGAUCACCUACACCUUGUGCACUAGUUCCGAAAUGGAGGCCGCCUUUAAAUUCGCCGCCGUGAUCUUGGGUAAGAUCUCGAAGUUGCUCGGGCUCCGUGACUUGAAGAGCUCCCAGAACAACUUCACCGCCAACUCCGACACCCAGGGGUAUGAGGCGAUCCUUGCCAGAGACGCCAACACUGGUGAAAUGUUCGACAAGUCCAACCACCCGACACCCGCUAUCAUCGCGGCCAACCAGUUGUUGUUCGCGUUGACACCAAACUACCCGAUCACCGACUCCAUCGUCUCGUCGCUUGCGCCGUACAAGAACAAGAAGUUGAUCAAGGUGCCUCCAUCCCACAUCCUCGUGGACUUCAAGGAGGUCGAGGGUGAGCACCACUUGACCCCCUCGGGUUUCUCUGGGAUGACCGCGUAUCUCUAUCUUCGUUCGCAGAAGAAGCGUCUUACUGAGGCCUUUGCGAUCCAUAUCGACCCCUCCCAGCAAUUCUCCCUUGAAAACUUGUCUGCAGCGCUUUUCAAGAACAUUCCCGCCACCGAAAUCGAUACCGGCCGUAUCUACUUGGUUGCCGUGUUAACCGAGGACAUUAUUGUGAACAAGACCAUUCGCACCAUCAAGCAGGGGAUCGCCGCCGGUGUGACCGACAUCUCGCGUAUCUUCUCGCGUCACAAGGGGGCUUUGGCCUCUGGGGAGGCCCACAAGUUCAAUAUCCGUUUGUACGGGUCGCACUUUGCCAACAGCGGCGAGCAGACAGCCGCUUUGGUGGACCAGAACAACGGAUGGGGUGAACUUGUGGACCGCAUCAUUUCCGGUUCCAACAAGGGUAUCGCCAUCAACCCGCGUGCCAGAAAGCUCACUGUUUCCGUCAAGGAGUUCAAGAACGAGUUGAUUGGAGACGAUUACGAGGUUACUCAGACCAAGUUGAACUCGGUGGGGGAGGAGAUUUCCUCCAACCCAAUCGCCCCGAUCCGCUCCUUCUACUACGAUCCGUUGGGGAAGAACUACGAGCGCGUGUACAUGCGUGUGGGUAAAGUCCAGUUGUUAGGAGCCGGUGCCCCUCGUGACGCCUUUGUCACCAUUGAGAUUUCCACCUCCAAUCGCCACGUGUCCUUCGCCAAGGGUACCAACCAGAAGCCAGAACAGACCUGGAGGUUCGUCUCCACGCGCUGUUCCGAAGCGGUGGGUGAAAUCAUCAAGAUCAACGGGAUUGAGCACUUGUCCAGCUCCGAUGAGCGGGUGAAAAUCACCUGUUACGUCAACGGUGACGUGUACGGAACCAAUACGCUCAAGAUCAAGGAGAGUGGGUACAUUGUAGUCAACGAGAACGGGCUCACCUUCGAGAUGCACUCUUCCGCCGGCCAGCCAACCGCCUCCGUGGAGUUGUACACCGAGUACAUCGGCAAGACCUACAACAUCGAUGCCGCCGUCAAGUCCAUCCUCACGUGGGAGUCCAAUCCAGCUACUUUCCACACAAUGUUGGACAUUCUCUCUACCAAGUUCAGGCGCAUCGAACUCUCAUCGUACAUCAAAUACUUCCCCGAACUCGUCUGCAACCUCCUUAAGCUUUUGAAGAAGGGUUCCGACGACAACACCCCGGCGUUGCAGAAGGAGGCCUUCCAGGCGUUGGUGCACUUGCUCGAUGUGGUGGUUGCCAGACAGGACCAGUACGUCUACUUGUUUGAUAGCUUCGUCGAGCAGGAAACCCAGCAUUCCACCUUGCCUUUGAUUGGCCACAAGGUGUGCCUGCUCAUGGGUGAGGUGUUCAAGAAGGCCGACACCGAGUGGAACCACGUGGGGAGAGCGCUUUGCCGUGUGGCCUCUCUUCUCUGCCAGAUCUCCGUCAUGGCUACCGCCGAGGAGAACGCCACCGAGUUUGUUGAGGACACCAAGAUUAUGUUGUGGUCGUGCAACCGCUUCUUGAAGAUGCCGGGCGAGGGGUUGAUUGCGGACCAGAUCUUGAUUUUGGACGUGAUUGACUACUGCUACCACACCUUUGCCAAGUACUUCCCUCGCCAGCGCAUUGCCUAUAUCGUUAAGCAAACCGCGGAUGCGUUGGGCACCCGUGGCCUUGGAACCAAGGACGCCACCUCGGCCGUGACCAAGAAACGGUCCAAGGAGCACGGCUUGGUCAUCGCCAAGAUGUUACUUAUCCGCCGCUUGCUUGACUCGUGGUUGUUGGACACCGCUGAAUGCCGCAACAUUUUGAUUGUGGACGCCUUGGACUGGGCGUUGCAGGUAUUGACCCACCUGUCGGUGGAUGUGGACGCUGCCCGCUUAGCCAACGGUGUGUUGGCGAGAAUCUUCACGAUUGUGUGGGACGAGAUUGUCACGCCCGAAGACAAGUCCGGAGACUACAUCUGCUACGGUAUUGCCAGACUUCUCCCGGCGCUCUCCAAGAUUUUCAACGUCUACCUCGACUAUUGCCGCAACAACGGUCUCUUUAAGGCAAAGAGAACGUUCUCCCAGUUGUUCCCGUGCGAGUAUCCGUUCAAGGACAUUACGAUGGAUUCCAUGGUCAACGCCGAGGUUUUCGUCGAGGUGUUGAUGGAAAUGGCCACCUUGUUUGCGUUUUCCGCCAAGAUCGGUGCAUAUAUUGCCGGAGAGGCCGGAUUUGUGGGUAUCUUUGCCAAGAUCUCGCCCCUGGACGAGAUCUUUGUGUCUGACUACUACAUCAAGGUGUUUGCCGACAACGACAUCUACGGGCUUAUCAGGACGGUCAAGCACCUCAACCAGGCCAAGUUCUUCCCACGGCAAAAGUGGUUGUCGCUCCACGCGGUGUUGUCCGACGCUGGUGUAACCGCGUUCGAGUUGUUGAAGCGCAAGAUGCUCAAGUACUACAUUCCGUCGGUGGAAAACUCGGAGCAGUUCAACCGCUCACUCUGGGGAAACUACCUCAAGACGUUGUUCAGAAUUGGGCACUCCAUGCCGGUUUCGAUCUGCCACUUAUCUGAGAUUCCGCGUAAGGGCUGUUGGAAGAUCACCGGUGAUAUCAGAGACAGAGUGGCCGUCAUGGUUGAAGACUGUUGGGCCGAGCUCGGGUGGGAUUCCUUGCCGGAGGAUUAUGCCCGUUUCCACUUGGCCAAGGUUGGUGGAUACCAGUCGGAGUUUAUCGUUGCCGACUACGGUAUCCUCCAGGACUUGAUAUUCUACUCCUUGCAGAGACACACCCAUUCGCAAUCGCUUGGGGUGGACGUGCUCUGGUCGUUGAUUGUGUCCGAGUUGCUCGUGUCCGAAAACUUAUUGGGCUUCGAAAAGGAGUGUAUUAUUGGGUUGUAUGACAUUUACCACAGUGAGAACUACAAGCCAGGCAGGUACGAGCAAAAAAACUUGAUCAAGUUCUUAAAGUCUAAGCGGGUCGACCCCGAGGAUGAGUCGUACCCUGUGAUCCACAGCUUCAUCAACUCGCUUGCGGAGUUUUUGGAAAUCUUGGAUCACUUGAACAAUGUGCCGCUCGGUGACGAGUUUGACGAUGACAGAACCUCGCACAAGCUCAACAUCAAGGGGCUUUUGAUGAACGUGGAGAAACCAGAGUUGUUGCAGUCUUUCAUCAACGAGAUGUACGAGAACAACAUUGCCAAGUCAAACUACAUCCAGGCCGCCUUGUCGAUGAAGUUGCUUGCCGACACCAUUGACUGGUCGGUAAGCGUUAUGCUCCCGGCCAGCUAUAAGCCGGAUUUCCCAGCACAGUCCUCGUUCAAGCGUAAAGAAGCCUUGUUUAACACCAUUGCCGUCAACUACGUGAAGGGUAACCGGUACGAAAAGGCGUUGGAAAUAUAUCUUGAGUUGUGUGAGGCUCACAACACCCACACCUUGGACUUGAAGUCGCUUUCGGACAUCCACCACAAGUUAUCGAAGAUUUACGCGGACUUGGAGUCCUUGGACCGGCUUACGCCAUCCUACUUCCGUAUCGCCUUCAUCGGUUCCGGUUUCCCAAAGAGUAUCAGAGGCAAGCAGUACAUCUAUGAGGGGUUGCCGUUCGAGCACAUCACGUCGAUCCAUCAGCGUUUGUUGAAGAUCCACCCGGGUGCUAGAAUCAUCACCACCGACGAAGAGGCCAAGUCCUUCCUUGCCAAUGAGCAAAACGGGAGAUACUUGCAUAUCACCACGGUAGAGCCUUCGAGAGAUAUCAACACCAACUUCUAUUCGCUUGGCCACAAGCGUUUCGCCGAAAACAAGGACUUGAAGUUCUUUACCGUGAAGAAGCGUUUACCGGGCUCCACCUCCGUGCUUGAUUUCUGGUCCGAAGAGACCACGUAUGAGUCUGAGAAGACGUUCCCAACUUUGAUGAACCGCUCGGUUAUUGCCAACAUUGCCACCGUGAAACUAUCGCCGAUUGAAAACGCCUUGAGAAGUUUCUCCGACAAGAUCGGGGACCUUAGAAGCGUGUUUGAGUUGGUUAAAAACACCAUUGACGAGGGUGGCGACACCUCUGUUGUGUUUGGUGAGUUGUCCAGACAAUGUUCCGGUACGAUCGACUCGCCGGUCAAUGGUGGUGUGCACCAGUACAAGUUGUUCUUCAAGAACACCGCCAGCGAGGAUCCAAACUACGCGUAUCAACUUGAGUUGUUGAGAAGCGGGUUCACCGAUUUGGCGAUUAUCUUGAACCGUUUGUUGACGCUUCACGGUAAGCUUGUGCCGGUCCAGUUGAAGGCCUCGCACAACUCGAUGGUGGAAUUGUUCCACAAGAACUUUAAGGAUGAGUUGGACGAGUUGAAGAACGACCCAGACUAUGACGGGAGCUCGUUCAUGGACCGAUUCGUUGGUGACAGGUCUUCCGUGCUUCCAAGCACCAACAGCAACAUGUCGUUAUUGGGCAGAAGCAUGGCCGGGAGCUCUGCCCAGUCGUUGAUUUCUGGUUCCAGUGGGUCUAGUGUAAGCAGACGGAACGGCUACAGAUCAACCAUGAUCAGAGACUAAGAAGUUUGUUUUUAUUUAAUGUUUGUUUUUAUUUUGCGUAGCUGUGAGUAGAGGGUGUAAAUGGAACCCGGGUUGUUAAGCUAAUAGGAUUGCUGGCGCCCAUGUCUUGAAGGGUCGGCUACGCUAUAAUUGAACAGUCA